AUGGGGAACGGAAUAUCAGAGCAGCCCAACUUUCUCUCCAGUCUCCCGUUCUGCAAUUCUCUUCACAUCGCUAUCCUGGGUCUGGACUUUGCCGGCAAAACGACGGUCCUGUACCGUCUGCAGUUCAAUGAGUUCGUCAACACCGUCCCCACCAAAGGUUUCAAUGCAGAGAAAGUCAAAGUAUCUGUUGGGGACUCCCAAACGGUGACGUUUCACUUUUGGGACGUUGGCGGCCAAGAGAAACUGCGCCCUCUGUGGAAGUCCUACACGCGGGGCACGGAUGGCAUCGUGUUUGUUGUGGACUCUCUGGACACGGAGAGAAUGGAAGAGGCGAAGACGGAGCUUUACAAAAUCGCCCGCGCCUCUGAAAAUCAAGGGGUGCCUGUGUUGAUUAUCGCUAACAAGCAGGACCUGAGACAGGCUCUGUCACUGUCACAGAUAGAGACCAUGUUGGCUCUCAAUGAACUGGGACCCUCUACACCGUGGCACCUGCAGCCCACCUGCGCCAUCAUUGGUGACGGCCUCAAAGAGGGACUCGAAAGACUUCAUGACAUGAUCCUAAAACGAAGAAAGAUGCUCAAACUGCAAAAAAAGAAGAGAUAGACCGUAAAUGUAUUAUAAAAAAGAAGGAAAAAAAACUGACAAUGCAAGUUGAGUUGCAAAGUAAAAAUUUUUAUGUGCCCAGAGUUGGUUAAAACCAACAAGCACUUUAGUCGUUUACUUUCUCAUUGUUUACUUUUCUGGUUGUUUACUAUCUGUCAUAGAUUUAGAAAUAUAUGAACUUUAAUAUAAUUUUCUUUUUUUGUCUCAUCACACUGAAAGGUGAUUCUUGUUGGAGGUUUUAUUUAGAUUGUUUACUUGCAAUAAAAUCAAUUUUUGUGUUUAA